CAAUCGAUUUUUUUUUCAUGUGUUUUAGCUGCGAAAGCUGAACAAUUUGCCAAAGCGAUUUAAGUAAAGCAGUCAUACCUGCAGUGCAACCAUUGCAGUGCAUUCAUUUUAGGAUUGCCAUAAGAUCCUAACACGAAUGCACGCUCUGCAUUUGAGAGUGAUCAGUUUCGACUAAUGCGUUAUUUUACGUUUAAUGCGUUAUUUCAAUUGCACCUUGGUUGGCUAGACGGAUGUUCAUGUGCGAAGCACACUUCCCCAUGAAACUUCGAGACUAUAGGCUACUCGAAAUAGACAAUAGACCGACACAUGCAAAUGCAGCACGCAAGUUGACAGUCUGCAUGCAACACAAUUGAAGGAUUUCCUGAGUUGUUUGUCAACUCAUCAGUAACAUUAUGUCAGUUGAGAGAAGACACAGCAAUACGCUAUUUUAUGAAGCCUAGGCCUACAUCAUUUAAUAAUUUGGAAAACAAGUGUUCAUUUGUUUCCAUGCCUGGUUCUUCUUCUUUUCACCAAAGUCCAGUAAAGGCUUUUGACAGUUUGCAGGACACCAUGAUGUCCAACGCUACCCAACAGACCCUGUGGGAGAAGUGUAUGAACCAAACUGAGCCAAGAGAAGAAUUGAUUUUUGUAGGUGUGUAUGUGCUGAUCUUUGUUGCCGGCCUUAUCCUUAACGUCAUUGCUCUGGUGGUGUUUUUUUGCAACACCAAAACACGCUCCCAGACCACUGUUUACAUGACCAACCUGGCCUUGGCUGACCUGUGCUUGGUUUGCACACUGCCUGUGCGGAUCUAUUAUCAUCUUGGAUUCCGGAUAUUGCCUCAGAGCCUGUGUGAGAUCAUGGGGAUGAUGCUUCUGAUCAACAUGUAUGGUAGCAUCUUCCUACUGAGCUGCACGAGCAUUGACCGCUGUUUAGCUGUCUGCUUCCCGAUGUCCAGCCGUGUCCGUGAGGUCCGCAAAAAGGCUCCGGUAAUUUGCCUUGGUGUCUGGAUAAUGACAAUUGGUGCAAGCUUGCCCAUCUACCUCACCAAACCACGGGACAACCAGAACCAGACACGGUGUUUUGGGAGUUUCCCCGUCUAUGCUACUCGGACCAUUGCCAUCAUCUCCAGUCUCACGGUGGGCUUUGGCGUCCCACUGCUAGUGAUGCUAGUCAGCUCCUGGGGGUUAAUCCGGGCCAUCAACCACAGCCAAGCCGCUCAGACAGAGCUUGUGGACAGCCGAAAGAUCCAGAGGUUGAUUGCCACGUGCCUGGUCAUCUUCCUCUGCUGUUUUCUGCCCUAUCAUCUCAGCUUGUUGUUGAUCUACCUGAAUCAGAGGUCCAUCCCAUGCAGUCUGAUGUCCUGCUAUCACUAUAGCCUAAUGGUGGCCUGUCUCAAUGCCAUGCUGGACCCUCUGGCCUACUACUUCACCACUGAGACCUUUCGCCAAAAAGUGGACCUGGAUGCGCUACGGCAGAUGUUGCCCAUGCAAGGCCAAAGCGCAGAUGAGAACAAUCGCUCCAGGGGGCCCCUCAACACCUGAAUUGCUUUGCUCACGCUGUCCGUCAGCUAUCAGGCCCACCCGUGCAUGAGCACCUUCCUCAUGCUGCUCCUGUCAUUCUAUCCCAGAGACACUUGGGGUGAAAUUAUAUUUGGCCAAAGAAUGCUUCUGUUGAUUUCAAAUCAUUACAGGAAGUCCUCCUCUGAAUGACUGUAAUCUUUACAUCUCCCCUCUCUACCUCUCUUUUCCUCUCAUGGCCUUUAGUUGCCUUAUAUCAGCAGCAAAACACUGCAAUCGAGACUCUCUUUGUUUCUGGUACUUCUAUGGUGCAAUGACCAGGUGCUCUUCUGUUUUAGCCAUUCUGCCUGAGCUGUAUGACAGAUUCAGCAUAUCAAUUGAGAAUGUAAAGAGACCCAC